UACUUUGCUGUCGCCUCGGGCGCGGGCACUUAGGACUGUGGCAUCCUUCUCCCUCAGGCAACCAGGUGGAGACUGAGGCACAGUGAGUGGGCAGCGAGAGUCAGGGAGAAACCAGGGGCGCCAUGUUUCUCCACGUUCUUCCUCCCUAAUGUGCCCCUGGGGAGAAGCUCUGAAUUCUGAGGACUGGGCGCUUCCCCAGGCAGUGGGAGCAUUGAGGAGGGGGAAUGGCCCCCACACGCCUGUCCAACAAGGACCACCAGGAGUCAGUGACAUUUGAGGACGUGGCUGUGGACUUCACCCUGGAGGAGUGGAGGCGCCUGUGUACCUCUCAGAAGGAGCUGUACAGGGAUGUGAUGCUGGACAACUACCACAACCUGGUCUGGCUGGGACUAGCUGUUUCCAAACCAGAUGUGAUCGACCAGUUGGAGCGAGGGGAAGUGGUCUGGAUGUCAGAGGGAGAUGGCCCAAGAAGCACCUGUCCAGAUUGGGACACUAGGCCUGAAGCUAGAGAAUCCACUACCAAGAUUGGCCUUUCCAUGGAAGAACCAUUCCAAGAAAAAAUUCAAGAGGGUAAUCUCCGUGUCUUCAAGUUUGGCAAAGCCUGGGAAUGUUGUGCUUUAUUAGAAAAACUGAAGAGCAAUGGGGAGAAACAUUUUGGAUAUAAACAGAUCUUUGAAAUGAAGACUUCCAAUCCAGUUAGAGGACAUACAUAUAAAAAAUAUAGUGGUGGCUUCUGCCAAGGAACAAUCCGUUCUCCACAAUAUAAGAUUUCUCUUGGAAGAAAUCUUCAUCCGUGUGAUAGAGAACAAAGGAGAGUCAGAUGGUAUUCAUACGUGAAUAGACAGAAAAGAAUUUCCUUAAAGAAGAUGCUUUCUAGGCAUAAUGAACAUGAGAAAUUGAUCACUUAUGAUUCAGACCUUAAUGAAAAUCACAGUCAACAUAGGGAGAAAGCACAUUUAGGAAAUGAAUGCACUCAGACUUUCUCCAGUACUAUAAACAUUUCUCAGAAUAAGAGAAUUCAUAUUAUAGAAAAAUAUGAAUGUAAUAAAUAUAGAAAAGCUUUUAGCGAAAAGACAGCACUUAUACGGCAUCAGAGAAUUCGUACUAGAGAAAAACCUUACACAUGUAAUGAGUAUGAAAAGGCCUUCCCACAGAGAGCUGAUGUUACUAUCUGUAAUAGAAUUCAUACUGGAGAACAACCUUAUGAAACUAAUGAAUGUGGAAAUGCCUUCAGGCUGAAGGGAACACUUAUUGAAAAUGAGAAUAUUCAUAAAGGUAAGAAACCAUAUGAAUGCAAUGAAUGUGGGAGAACCUUCAGUCAGAAGGCAGGGCUUAAUGGUCAUCAGAACAUUCAUACUGGAAAGAACACUUAUACAUGUAAUGAAUGUGGAAAGAACUUUAGUCAGAAGUCAGGACUUGUCUACCAUCUGAGAAUUCAUACUGGAGAGAAACUUUUCGAAUGUAAUGAAUGUGGGAAAGUCUUCCACAAGAAGAUUGGACUUAGGAGUCAUCAGAAAAUUCAUUCUGGAGAGAGACCCUAUCAGUGUAAUGAAUGUGGGAAGGCCUUCAGCCACAAAGCAGGACUUACCUGCCAUGAGAAAAUCCAUACUGGAGAGAAACCAUAUCAAUGUAAUAAAUGUGACAAGGCUUUCAGCAGGAAAUCUGUUCUUAUGGAUCAUCAGAAAAGUCACACUGGAGAGAAACCUUAUCAGUGUAAUGAAUGUGGGAAAGCCUUCACCAGGAGGACGAUCCUUACUCAACAUCAAAAAAUUCAUACUGGAGAGAAACCUUACAAAUGUAAUGAGUGUGGGAAAGCCUUCAGUCAGAAAAUAGGACUAACAUGCCAUCAGAAAAUUCAUACUGGAGAGAAACCUUAUGCAUGUAACAAUUGUGGGAAAGCCUUCAGUCAGAAGACAGGACUUACAAGACAUCAGAAAAUUCAUACUGGAGAGAAACCUUAUCAAUGUAACGAAUGUGGGAAGGCCUUCAGUCAGAAGAGAACACUUACUGAACAUCAAAAUAUUCAUACUGGAGAGAAACCUUAUGAAUGUAAUGAAUGUGGGAAGGCUUUCAAUCAGAAGAACACACUUACUGAACAUCAAAAUAUUCAUACUGGAGAGAAACCUUAUGAAUGUAAUGAAUGUGGGAAAGCUUUCAAUCAGAAGAAAAGACUUACCAAACAUCAGUAUAUUCACACUGGAGAGAAACCUUAUGAAUGCAAAGAAUGUGGGAAAGCCUUCAGUCAGAAGAGAACACUAACUGAGCAUCAGAAUAUUCAUACUGGAGAGAAACCUUAUGAAUGUAAUGAAUGUGGGAAAGCCUUUGGUCAGAAGACCGGACUUAGUAAACACCAGAAAUGUCAUACAGGAGAGAAACCAUAUCAAUGUAAUGAAUGUGGGAAAGCCUUCUCCAGGAAGACAAGACUUACUCGACAUCAGAAAAUUCAUACUGGAGAGAAACCUUAUGAAUGUAAUGAAUGUGGGAAAGCUUUCAGAGAGAAGACAAGCCUUACUCAACAUCAGAAAAUUCAUACUGGAGAAAAGCCAUUUCAGUGUAAUCAGUGUGGGAAGGCUUUUGGCAGGAAGACAAUUCUUACGGAACAUCAGAAAACCCACAGGGGAAAUAUAGGAGAGAAACUUUUGGAAUAUAAUGAGCUUUUGGCAGAGAAGACACAUUUUUAAAUCUUGUCCUAUUAAAUUAUUUUUUAAAUUAUUAAAUUGUAUGCUUUUAAAUCUUAGAAACAGGAAAAAAACUAACAGAUGUGGGAAUGUCAGAUAGGGGAGCUUAGAACUUGUACAUAAUUAUAAUACAUACUGGAGAGAAACUUAAUUACAGGAAAGCCUUCAGAUGAAAGAAGAUACUUACUGAACAUUAGAAAAUACUAGAGAGGAACCUUAAUACUCUGAUAAGGCACUUAAAUGGUAAAGUGUGUAAGAAUACCAAAUCUGUUUUUUGGAACUCAGGAAGACUCUUGGCAAGUCACUUAACCUCUAUUGUCUUUAGUUUCCCCAUCUGUAAAGGAGGGACAAUAGGGGUUGCUUUGAAAAUACAUUGAAAUAAAAUGUGCAUAUGGUUUUGCAAGCCUUGAACUAUAAAUGCUAGCUCUACAGAAAUGAUUGUAGGAAGGGCUUUUUGAAGGAGAUAUAACUAAUGGAACAUCAAAAAAGUCAUAUAAGUUGCUGA